GAAGAAUUCUAGUGCACCUCGUGGGAGACAAGAAUAAGAUGUUCGCACCAGUGGUGUAUUUGCAUCGACUGAGUCAGGUGUUCUCAUACACCGUACAGCACGUUAUCGCCUGAAUUCCUCCCGAUUGGAUUGCCUCAAUUGCCGAUUGGGGGUUGCCUCAAACCGGCGUUGCCUAUAGAGCUACAUGGAGGGUACUUCCGGACAUGAGAACGAUUCACCAAAAGUUUCAAGUACAACGUCAAGUGAGCACAUGGUCCUGAGUUGUUCCCAUUCAAUAUCACCGCCUGGUAUAUCAGGACACGGCAAGAGAGAAAAUACGGUGAAAUAUUCGCAGCACGGGUUAAGAGGUAUUGAUGCAAGACCUAACAAUGCAAAGAUAACAUCCUGUGCUUCUACGUACAACGACGACAACGAUAUCGAUGAUGCUACCCCAUCGUAUGAUGAAUGUUGUGUUCGGGAAGAAGACGAACUUGAAAGUUGCUUCUCUCCUAAGCAACCGCAGCAUCUAGUAAGAUGGCAACCCGCAGUGCCAUCCGAAGUCGUCGUUACUUCCAUUGGCAGCGACUGGAUUGACACACCAGGAAUACAUGUUGUACCAGGAACAUCUUCGCUUGUCACUUCAUCUCUCUUCGAAGACACCGAUGUCGUACGACGAAACUCAUCGGUGAAGAUAAGGCGUACAUGUCGUAAUAUAUUGGCUGAUGCCCGGACCGUGACACCGGCAGCCUGUAUUUCAUCAAACACAUCGAAUAUUUCAUUACAGACCGGGCAUGAGCUCGAAAGUAUCGACGUAGGGGUCAGAAGUCCAGCCCAACAGGAACGGAUUUGUCGUAACAUGUUGCGUGAAGAUUGGACUAUGUCUCCGGAAGUUCAUGUCAGUCCAGCCGAGCAGGAGCGCAUAUGUCGUAACAUGUCGUCUGAAGAUUGGACUAUGUCUCCUGUAGUUCAUGAUAGUCUAGCCCAACAGGAGCGCAUAUGUCGUAACAUGUUGUCUGAAGAUUGGACUGCGUCUCCUGCAGUUCAUGAUAGUCCAGCCAAACAGACGAGCAUAUGUCGUAACAUGUUGUGCGAAGAUUGGACUAUGUCUCCGGAAGUUCAUGUUAACCCAGCCCAACAGGAGCGCAUAUGUCGUAACAUGUUGUCUGAAGAUUGGACUGCGUCUCCUGCAGUUCAUGAUAGUCCAGCCGAACAGGAGCGCAUAUGUCGUAACAUGUUGUGUGAAGACUGGACUAUGUCUCCGGAAGUUAAUGUUAGUCCAGCCCAACAGGAGCGCAUAUGUCGUAACAUAUUGUCUGAAGAUUGGACUGCGUCUCCUGCAGUUCAUGAUAGUCCAGCCAAACAGACGAGCAUAUGUCGUAACAUGUUGUGCGAAGAUUGGACUAUGUCUCCGGAAGUUCAUGUUAGUCCAGCCAAACAGACGAGUAUAUGUCAUAACAUGUUGUGUGAAGAUUGGACUAUGUCUCCUGAAGUUCAUGUUAGUCCCGUCGAACAAGCGCGCAAAUGUUGUAAUAUGCUGUCAGAAGAUUGGACUGCGUCUCCUGCAGUUCAUGUUAGUCCAGCCCAACAGGAGCGCAUAUGUCGUAACAUGCUGUGUGAAGAUUGGACUCCUGCAGUUCAUGUUAGUCCAGCGCAACAGGCGCGCGUAUGUCGUAACAUGUUGUCUGUAGAUCGGACUGCGUAUCCUGCAGUUCAUGUUAGUAGAGCCCAACAGGAGCGCAUGUGUCAUAAUAUGAUGUCCGAAGAUUGGACUGAGUCUCCUGCAGUUCAAGUUAAUCCAGUCCAACAGGAGCGCAUUUGUCGUAACAUGCUGUAUGCAGAUUGGACUCCUGCAGUUCAUGUUAGCCCAGCGCAACAAGGGCGUAUAUGUCGUAACAUGUUGUCUGAAAAUUGGACUGCGUAUCCUGCAGGUCAUGCUAGCACACCUCAUAAUUCGCCCGAGUUCACACGGGAAGUUGAAGGAAUUAACAUUCGAUCCCCCAGUUCGAUGCACAAAGCUCAUAUAGUCUUGAACAUGCUGUCCGAAGACUGGACAAGCACACUCAACAUAUCACAGGAUCAUAUAGAGGAGCAACGGCAACUUCAACAAGUCGAAGUUCGACGAACUUCGGCAGACUCUGAUAACCUAAAGCAACACGGAACUGUCGAACCACGGUCCUAUGCUGCAGAAUCCUAUAGUUUCACUGCAGGAGACUCGAUACGUAAAAGAACGGCGUUCCUCAGCGAUGAUCCUUUGGAGAACAGAGACAAUCAGAACCCGGAAUGGGACAACAUAAGACGACUCUCCGCGGACAAGGCCCGCUACAAUGCCGUUCGUGAACUCUGGAGCAAUCCCGCACUACCCGACCCUCAUAGGAACCUCACAUGGUACAAUCACAAGAGAAGGGGAGACGUCGCCGACCCCGUGUCGAACGGAGGUCAGAAGCGAAAGGCUUCUACGAACUACGACACCAUGAAGCACGCCAAACGAAGGCACGUCGACACGUACAUCUACGACAAGGAGCCGAAGAAACUCGAGAAGAAAAUAAGCAAGGAAUGCUACACCUCAUGUGAGGUUCUGGAGGACAAAACUGAAGAAAUCAGAAAUGAAAUGCACGACCUCGGGAACACGGAAUUCCCCCGUUCAAGAGCGCGUUACCGGUCGUCGACAGGCGUCUCGGGCGUUGGCUUCUGGCAGGGAACUCAAGAAGCGACGUUAUACCGAACAUACGAAGAUAGCACCGCGGGGAUCCGAAACCAGUACGGCGCUCAGAUCCUGAAACACUUGUGCGGGCUACAAGAGUUCAAGGACUUCAACACAUCUUGCAUUGGAUUGGUCGAUGACUCGGAUUCCAGUAGGCUGUCUAGGAGACAGAUGAAAGAUCAGCGAAAGAUCGACGACUUUAUGGAACACAUCAAGUUCAUGUAUAUAUCCGACAUAUAAGAAGUACAGUAAUGUUGUACUGAGAAAGAUGGAUGACUUAUAGUAUGCUUCAGUCCCUAUUGAACAUCACGGUACUGCAAAACAGUGUCCAUCCUUAGCACCGUAAGCUGAUGGUCACAAAUGUUCCUUCUUGUUAACCGCAUCUUUUGCAUUUGAUGAGAUUACAAAUAAAUGUACAUUGUUUCAA